CCCAGCGGCUCCGCGUGUUGGUUCCUGUGUCCUCUCCCCCGCUCGUGCAGGAGGUGCUGCCAGAGGACAUUUUAUUCUCCCCGUGCCGUCCGAGUGCGGCAGACACUCUGACUUCGCGCGGGAGAAGCUCCACGCGGCCCGCGCGCCGGUCCGCCUGCCAGAUUCGCAGAGGGUUUUCUUUUUCUUUUCUGUUUGUUCGUCUUUCGUUUUAUUGAGGCGAGCCUCGCUCAGGCGCGCCGCCGGGCCCCCGCGCGCCGCGGUUCUGCUGCGCGGCUCGACCUCGGCCGCGGACCGCGCUCCUGCCGCCAUGGCCCCGGCCCCCGCCCGGCGCGCCCCGAGACGCAGUCGCGCCCCGGGAGCCAGGGCUCUGCUCUGGGUCAAGACCGUGCUCCUCGGAGGAGUCCUGCUGAAGGUCCCGGCUGACUCUGCCACCACCAAGCAGAACAGGGUUCCUCAGCAGAUACCUGCCCCCCAGCGAUGGAGGCACAACCCUGAGGAGGGUUUGUGUCCACCAGGAACCCAUAUAUCAGAAGAUAGUAGAGAUUGUCACCUCUGCAGCUGUGGAGUAGACUACACUACUCACUGGAAUGCACUCUCUUCCUGCUUACCCUGUACAGUUUGUAAUGCAGAUGAAGAGCCAAGAAGUAACUGCACCACGACCAGAAACAGAGAGUGUCAGUGCAAACCAGGCACGUUCCGAGUAGAAGAUUCCCCUGAGUUCUGCCAGAAAUGCCGUGCUAGGUGCCCUGAUGGGAUGGUCGAGGACAGGCCUUGCACCCCCUGGAGUGACCUUGUGUGCGUCCACAGAGGAUCAGGCCAUGGGCUCCUCAGGAUGCAGAUCGUAUUCGGGGCUGUGGCUGUCUUGCUGCUGGUGGUCUUGGUGGUGACACUUUGCAGGAAGAGAAACUGCUCAGGUUGUGACCAGGACCCCAAGUUCGUGGGCAGAUCCACCCCAGUCUUUGAGCAGAAAAUGGAAAGCCCGGAGCCAGCAGAUCUCAGAGGUGUCACCAUACUGUCCCCAAGGGAGGCAGAGCAUCCGGACCACAUAGAAGCUGAAGGGUCUCAGAGAAGGAAGCUGCUGGUUCCAGCAAAUGGUGCUGACCCCAUUGACACUCUGAGGCUGUUCUUCGACUACUUUCCAGAAGUCGUGCCCUGUAAGUCCUGGAAUCCCCUCAUGAGACUGAUGGGCCUGACAGACAACGACAUCCACGUGGCCAGUGCCAGCGCCUGCAGCCCAGAAGACACCUUGUACAGAAUGCUGGUGAGAUGGGUCAGCAAGAAGGGGCGUGCAGCCUCGGUGCACACCCUGCUGGAGGCCCUGGACAGUCUGGGAGAAAGGCACGCAAAGGAGACCAUUGAGGACCACCUGGUGGGCUCCGGGAAGUUCAUCUAUCUAGACGGUGAGGCAGGCUCUGCUAUGUCCUGAGUGUGAAAGAGUCUCUGUAGGACUCCAGAGCUUCCCUAGUUUACCUUUUUUUCCUAGAAAAAAAUCACAACUGGACGUCAGCCUUUAGGAAAUAGGCAAAAAUUUCACAUGACUGAUACCUAAAGAAACUCUGACAUGUACUAUCAUCCAGUGGAUGACACAUCCUAGAACUUUUUCAGUGGAUUUGGAGUACAAAUGUUAGGUAGAUAGCGAGGGAUUCCAGGUCUCUUAGGGACAAAAGUGAGUGCUGUUACCUUGGUGCAAUCGCCCACCUGAGAAGAAGAACAAGGGUGGGCCCCAGGCUCCCAUCUUGGUGCUGCCCCACCCUAAUCCUCUCCCCAACAACUGCCAUACCUGGGGGAGGAGGGAAUACCCUACAAAUCUGCCAAUCAGUUUAGCGCACCAGCUGCAAAAGAUUGCGGGUGACUCUCUAGCCCAUGGGCCAAACAGCAUAAGUAUCAUAGCGCCCAGAGAUUGACCUAGAACAACCCACAUGUGUAAUCUAAGACUCAGGUCAUUGGCACUGGGGAACAAAAGGAAGAUCAAAAGGAGGAGAACAGUAGUAAAUUUUGGAGCCAAAAGGACAACAUGAAGCUUGGGAGUAUAAAAAAAAAAAAAUAAGACUCAGGUUAUGCAACUCCCAAAUGUCCACUCAAAGUGGUUCCAUGGUAAUGUCUGGGCCAUAGGGAAUUCCCAGUCCAGGCACUAUAAAACAAGUUGUAGACCAUAACCAGGCCUUUUUGGCCCCUUCCUUUUGCUCACCCUUUGGUGCGGCAGUGGGUCUGUGGUCAUCGUCUGUGGCGUGUGUUUCAUGCUCUGUAAACCUGUAUCUUGCUCUCGCUUGCCUUACUUUGGUGCAUCUGGUCAUUCUUUGGCCAUGAGCAUGUCAAGAAUGACAUUUCAGACUGAAACAUGAUACCAUGAUUCUUUGUUUUAUAUGCUUUUAUUUUUUGGGCUGUAUUGAAAAUGUAUUGUUCAGGAUGUCAUUCUUUUUCUGUUCACAUUUUUUCAUCCCACUUUUUACUGGUAUUGUAUUGUAUUGCAUAAUAUUAUAAUAUUAUAUUAUAUUGUAUUGUACUGGUAUUAUAUUGUAAGAUCAAUCCGUGUUAAUAUGUGAGCAUUUACUUAUGUCCAAGUAUUGUAAGAAAUACAAGGGAAAAAGAAGAAGAAAAAUCUUCACUGUGUAAGUUCUCAAUGUUUGGGCUCCAAUUCUCCCUUGGCUUUGAACCCACUGGGCUUGGAUGACUGACAGCUUCUAAAUGGCUGGUCUUUUAAACUUGACAAUUUUAUAGGCAUAUGAAUAUUUAUUUAUUUAUUUAUAGGUAGAUGUUCAUAAGUGAAUAGGUACUGUAGGAGAACUGUCUUGGUCCCUUGCCCCUUUCUCUGAGGACUUCCUUGAAGAUAUAUGUAGAGUAUUAGCCUUAUCAUUGUUUGUCAUGAUUAUUCUUUUAAAAUAACCUUUGUGACAACAUGAAAUUGUUCAGGGUUUUUUUGUUUGUUGGUUGGUUUGGUUUGGUUUAAGAUCCGGGCCAAAUAGUACAUGACACAUGAGAGGCACUUAACAUGGUUUUUCCUGAGUGUUGGGUACUGUUUGGUGCCACUGUUCCAUGGGAAGUCCCUACUGGAAUCUGCUGGUACUGUUAAGCAAUAUGAAGGAGGCAAUGAGAUAUGAAAUAUUCACGUAUUUAUGAAUUUAUGACCAAAUUAAAUGUGAAAUCUUAUAUAAAAAGG